AUGAUCAAACAAUUAGCCACUGCGAGUAACAGAUUUUGCGAUACCAUGACGAACUAUCCUCGGCGCACGAGAAGAGGUCUCGUAUAUCUUUCCGAGGAAGACGCUCUUCCUCUCGCCGCUAACGUGGCUUUUCUCUGCUUGGUGGCGGCGACUUCUGCCACUGACGACUCGAACAAAAGAUAUUAUAUUUUCGCCAAGCAACAAAUUCAUUAUAUGCUGGGAUCAGGAAGAAGUUACGUGGUCGGAUACGAUGCGACUUCGCCAAAACAGCCGCGUCACUUAGCGUCUUCGUGCCCAAGUAAACCGGCUCCUUGUGAACAGAAAAUAAUUCAACAAAAUGUGAUAAAUCCGCAGACUCUUUAUGGCGCUUUGGUUUCCGGACCGAACGUCGAAGACGAUUUCAGAGAUUAUCGAAAUAUCAGAACUGACGAUUCUCAAUACACAAAUGUUAAGGUAGAAAACAACGCAGGGUUUACGGGCGUACUUGCUGGACUGCUGCAGCUAGAGAACAGAAAGAAGAAGUCAAGGAAAUGAUUUUAUUUUUCUUUUUUGAUUUUCCUCCAGUGAAGGAAAAGAGUAUU